GCCGGGGCAGCGUUGGGGGGCGGGCAGCAGAGAGCGCAGGCGCAGUGUCCGCACCCGCGGCGCCCCCUCCACGCCCCGCCUGGCGGCCGCACCAGCCCUCACCGCGUUUUUCCUGGCAAAGCGCACAGCGGCCACAAUCCGCGUGGAGGUUGGACUAGGCGCGCGGUAUUGGGCAUUCCUGGCCACCGAGCGCCGCGCGCACCCUUCCUCGCCGUGGCACACAGAAUUGAUUAUCUGAAGAAAUGGAUACUUCUCCCUCCAAAAAAUAUCCAGUUAAAAAGCGGGUGAAAAUACAUCCCAACACAGUGAUGGUGAAAUAUACUUCCCAUUAUCCCCAGCCUGGGGAUGAUGGAUAUGAAGAAAUCAAUGAAGACUAUGGAAAUCUUAUGGAAGAAAAUCCGAAGAAAGGCCUGUUGAGUGAAAUGAAAAGAAAAGGAAGAACUUUCUUUGGAACCAUGGAUACUCGACCUCCGCCAACAGAAGACCCAAUGACCAGUGAUCCUGGACAAUUCCAGAGCUUUGCAGAAAAAAAUAUUUUUCAAUCCAGAAAAAUGUGGAUAGUGCUAUUUGGAUCUGCUCUGGCUCAUGGAUGUGUAGCUCUGAUCACCAGGCUUGUUUCUGAUCGUUCUAAAGUUCCAUCUCUAGAGCUGAUUUUUAUCCGUUCUGUCUUGCAGGUCUUAUCUGUGUUAGUUGUGUGUUACUACCAGGAGGCCCCCUUUGGGCCCAGUGGAUACAGAUUACGACUCUUCUUUUAUGGUGUAUGCAAUGUCAUCUCUAUCACCUGUGCUUAUACAUCAUUUUCAAUAGUUCCUCCCAGCAAUGGGACCACUAUGUGGAGAGCCACAACCACAGUCUUCAGUGCCAUUCUGGCUUUCUUACUUAUAGAUGAGAAAAUGGCUUAUGUUGACAUGGCUACAGUUGUUUGCAGCAUCUUAGGUGUUUGUCUUGUCAUGAUCCCCAACAUUGUCGAUGAAGACAAUUCUUUGUUAAAUGCCUGGAAAGAAGCCUUUGGGUACACUAUGACCGUGAUGGCCGGACUGACCACUGCUCUUUCUAUGAUAGUAUACAGAUCUAUUAAGGAGAAGAUUAGCAUGUGGACUGCACUGUUUACCUUUGGUUGGACUGGGACAAUCUGGGGAAUAUCUACUAUGUUUGUUCUUCAAGAACCCAUCAUCCCAUUAGAUGGAGAAACCUGGAGUUAUCUCAUUGCCAUAUGCGUCUGUUCCACUGUAGCAUUCUUAGGAGUUUAUUAUGCUUUGGACAAAUUCCAUCCAGCUUUGGUCAGCACAGUACAACACCUGGAGAUUGUAGUAGCUAUGGUCUUACAGCUUCUAGUGUUACACAUAUUUCCUAGUGUCUAUGAUGUUUUUGGAGGGGUAAUCAUUAUGAUUAGUGUUUUUGUCCUUGCUGGUUAUAAGCUUUAUUGGAGGAAUUUAAGAAGGCAGGAUUAUCAGGAAAUACUAGACUCUCCCAUCAAAUGAAUACUUGAUUAUUAUUUUGUUAACAGUUAUUAAUAGGUACACUGCCAUUUUAAUAUUUACCUAUAAAUGUCUUGUGUUGUAUAAUUGACAGAGUGGUAUAUAAAAUCAAUAUAGGCAGAUGUAGAAAAUUUAUUCUAGUCUAAUAUGUUAAAAAACAAAUAUUAAAUAUGUGAAACACCA